CCGGAUAUAUCUGAUAUCCUCGUUUUUCCACCAACUAGACCACAAGAAACUGUGAUAGGAGAAACCCCAGAAGUAAUUCCUCAACCACCUCAAUACUCAGACCUAGAGUUGGAGGACACUCUGCCAAAGGGGGUAAAAAUAUCAGCAAAACAUUCUCAGGAGCCUGAAAUAUGUUCUAUUGUUUAUCAUCCUCUGGUUACAAUAUUAGAUUCGGAUGAAAUUCUGAGUUUUCCAAAACUUGAUGAACCGCAACUCCCUCCACAGGAGAUUCAAGAGGAAAUAAAUAAUCCUGAUAGGAAACCCAGAUAUUUAUCAGAUGAUAUACAGCCCCCUGACCCAGUCUGGAUAAACCUAUUAGUUCAAGAAGAUAUGAGAACCAAGAUACAGGAUCUUAAACUUUGUGAGCCCCAGCCCCCACCUAUUCACCUUCAGGACCAGUUUAAAAUUAGCACAUUCAGAGAGAAAACAAUACACAGACUCGACAGGGUAGAAAAUAUUAGUUUCCAGUUUCCACCACUAGAUGGAGUUGAGAACCCACCGCUAGAUGGAGUUAAGAACCAUCAUGAAUCAAAUGGAAGAUUAUCAUCUAACAGAACUAAUUUUAAAACUUCUUCAAACCGACUUGAUAGAUUCUCACAAGUUUUCAGACUGUCCCCACCCCCCCUGGACCUUCCAACCCCACAACCGGAAACUUCUCCACCACCACCCUCUAGACCCAGUCGGGGUAGAGAUCUAUUUGACGAUGUGAGAAAUUAUAGAAAGACGAUCACCCUGUAUUGAUGCUCACAUCCUGUUAAAAAAAUAUAUAUAUAAAUAAAAUAGUUUUGAAAUUUU